AUGUGUGGUGAGACUGGUAAUAUGUGUGGUGAGACUGGUCAUAUGUGUGGUGAGACUGCUCAUAUGUGUGGUGAGACUGCUCAUAUGUGUGGCGAGACUACUCAUAUGUGUGGUGAGACUGCUCAUAUGUGUGGUGAGACUGCACAUAUGUGUGGUGAGACUGCUCAUAUGUGUGGUGAGACUGCACAUAUGUGUGGUGAGACUGCUCAUUUGUGUGGUGAGACUGCUCAUAUGUGUGGGGAGACUAGUCAUAUGUGUGGUGAGACUGCUAAAAUAUGUGUGACUGCUCAUAUGUGUGGUGAGACUGCACAUAUGUGUGGUGAGACUGCUCAUAUGUGUGGUGAGACUUUUUAUAUGUGUGGCGAGACUACUCAAAUGUGUGGUGAGACUGCUCAUGUUUGUGGUGAGACUGCUUAUAUUAGUGGUGAGACUGUUCAUAUGUGUGGUGAGACUUCUUUUAUGUGUGGCGAGACUGCUCAUAUGUGUGGUGAGACUACUCAUAUGUGUGGCGAGACUGUUUAUAUGUGUGGUGUGACUGCUCAUAUGUGUGGUGAGACUGCUCAUAUGUGUGGUGAGACUGCUCAUAUGUGUGGUGAGACUGCUCAUAUGUGUGGUGAGACUACUCAUAUGUGUGGCGAGACUGUUUAUAUGUGUGGCGAGACUUCUCAUAUGUGUGGUGAGACUGCUCAUAUUUGUGGUGAGACUGCUCAUGUUUGUUGUGAGACUGCUCAUAUUUGUCGUGAGACUGCUCAUAUGUGUGGUGAGACUACUCAUGUUUGUGGUGAGACUGCUCAUAUGUGUGGUGAGACUGCUCAUAUGUGUGGUGAGACUUCUUUUAUGUGUGACGAGACUACUCAUAUGUGUGGUGAGACUACUCAUAUGUGUGGUGAGACUACUCAUAUGUCUGGUAAGACUGCACAUAUGUUUGGUGAGACUGCUCAUAUGUGUGGUGAGACUGCAUAUAUGUGGUUGGACUGCUCAAUUGUGCCACUGAUGACAAAUAACAAUUAA